UCCGGAUGACUAUUGCGUGUGGACGGAAGCUUUUUUGCGAUUGCGUUUGCGUUAAUCCUAUGCGUUUAGCCGUUUUCGUCCUCGUGUGGCCGGGGCAUUAUUUAACUGCUGCCAGGUAGCACAGGUACUUCCCAGGCUGAUAGUUUUACAUUUCCAAAGUACAUGUGGUUUUAAAUUACAUGGUAGAUAUAAGAUAGUCUUCCUGUGAAACACCUUCAUACUUUACAUUUAAACCUGGGACUUUCCUACUUAGAGUGUUAUCUUAAUGACUUUAGAUGUUUUUAUAGCAUGAAUUAAUGCGAUAAUGAUAUCAUCUUUAUUCAUUUUUAUCCCCAAGGCUGCAAAUUAUAGUAUUAGCCACUUCCACAGAAUUAGAGCUAGGUUCUUUCCGAAGAUAAAAUUAAAUAAUUUAGAGGAAAUAAACUGGGACUUCCCUGCAUUUUGUAAACAAGAUUACACAAGAGAUUUAAUUAUGAGGGUUUGUUGCCAAUCAAACUUCCUGGGUUUAACCCCGCUUUGGGCUUCUUCAAGUGUGUGUGUCCUCUUUGAAUCCUUCCUGUUAGCGGGGCUGUGAUACUUCAUCCUGCUUCCUGAAACUCAAAGGUUUCAUGAAGACAAAACAUUCAGGAAUGUUAUGAAGGAUGACUAAACGUGAAAUCAUAUUACUAAAAGGAUGUUAAAGGGGCACUGUAUGCUUUUUGGUGAUCUCAUGGGGUCUUUCUUAUAGUGAAUAUAGGUUUUUGUGCAUGUUAAUGGUCUGCAAAGGCUAAAAUCUGUUUCUCUCCCACACACUCCCUGAACAUGAGCCCAAUAGGAACCCUUUAAAUAUUGAGGUGAAACAUGCUUUACAAAAAUGUGAAUCCAGGAAUCAUUACAACUCAAAACCGGGACUUGAACAGCAUUUCUCUGUUUUAGAGAUAGGACUGCCUUCUCAUGGGCUUUCCAGUUCAGCUCGAGUAAACUGUGGUGUACUAAUAAUGUCCAGCCUCACAUUGGUAUCACUCUUUAGAUUUGAUAGAGCGUCCACCACACUGAGGGGAAAUGGUGUCUAGACCGUGACACCUCUGUGGGAACUUCUGCUCUGGGAUUUUUACUUUUACAAAUUGCUGAAGGUAAAGACACAUUAACUGGAAUUCACAUUUACAAUAAGAGCCAAGUUAUAUGAUUUUCAAGUCAAAUAUAAGAUAAGAUUUAUUUUUAGAAGAUAAGAUUUAUUUUUUGUCGAAAAGCACCUGUAAAAGCGUUUGAUAAAUAAAAUGUAUUAUUUAUUCAUUCAUUAAGUAAAAGGGCAAAAAGUAUUAUCAUAUUAUGCAUAAAACACUAAAACAAACAUUACUCAUAAUGCCAGGCCAGUUUUUAAAUAAUAUAUUUAUUUCUACAACUGGAUGAUAAUGAAAAUGUAAUUGUUUGCAUCUGGUAUAUGGUGGAGCUGUCUUUAAUGUACUUUUUAUUUUUUUACUGUUGGUCGUCUUAUUCCAUUAAAGUACUUCAUCAUCCAGUAGAUGAUUUAAAUGAUUUAUUAAUUAUAUGAAUCUGCAAAGUAUGAGUAAAUGUACUCAGUUACUUUCCCUGACAGACAUCUCUGCAGAGUCUUUUUAUUUUGUUUAAUAAAACUCUUAAUGACACAAAAAAAGCCAUCAUUUUGUCUAUCAGAGCACUUACUGUAAUCUCAAACAAAUCAAUAACAGCUGACGUGUGACUGUCUACUCCUUCAGUUUCAUUUCAGUUUCGUUUACAGCAUCACAUCAUCCUGCCCUUUAAAGGUGCAGGGCAGAACUGCAAGUGGACUUGAACGCAACAGAACAAGAUGUUACUGAUCCUCACCCUGACUGCUUUACUGUUUACAGCAUCCAUGUCUCAGAUUACUGGUUAUGGAAAUACGACAGUGGACUAUGGACAGGAUUCAAAAUAUGGAUGUGCUGUAGCCAACCUGAAAGAUGUGCAGCAGGUGACAUGGCAAAGGCUUGUCCCGGACAGGCCCAUAGAGAAUUUAGCGACGUACAGUAAGCGGUUUGGGGAGCAUGUGAAUGAUCCCUACAGAGGUAAGGUGAUCUUCACAGAGGCGACGCUCAGCUCAUCUUCCAUCACUCUGGCCAACGUCACCUGGGCGGAUGAAAGCUGUUAUAUCUGCGCCUUCAACCGGUAUCCUGAUGGGUCCAUGAGGAAGCAGAUAUGCUUCACAGUGCAAGGAAUAUCCAGUUUUAAAACAGAAGUGCAUGCUCCCAGCAGUGACCCUGAGGAAGAGGAGGAGGUUGUGUUCAGCUGCUCUGCUACAGGAAAACCAGCUCCAACCAUAAAGUGGGAAAUCCCUUCUCAAGCCACCCACACACACCGGCAGCCAAUCACUACAGUAUCAAAUGGAGACAAGACGUUUACCAGCAGCAGCAACAUCACUCUGCGACUCCCUGCUGGGUGGGAAGGACAUGUGGACUGUCUGCUGAACAGUGGAGCCAUGGGACAGAGGAGCGAGAGGAUUCCCUUUUCUUUGCCUGCCAGGGAGAAGCAGAAAGAGGAAGGGAAAACACAGUCCACCUCAGGGACUGCACUUGUGACUUCUACUGUAGUUUCAGUCAUUUUCAUCAUCAUCAUCAUCAUAAUCAUCGUUGUUGUUGUAAUAAAGCGAACAAGGUCCAGGAGACCAGACGAAAGGAAAAUGGGCAAUAAUGAUUUAAAUUUAGUUUUAAUGUAACCUUUAAUAGUGUUUAAUAUAAAAGCUGCAAACCAAGUGUCACAGAUAGUUUUUAAAACGUUAAUUUAAUUAUUCAGCACUUUAUGCAUCAGCAAAGCAAGUGGUCAAAUGUUUACAAAAUGAUUUUUUCACUGUCUACUUUCAAGUUUAAUCCAUCACAUGUAGAAAGCACUUCGCUGUUAUUCAGGGUGAGAGUGACGGCAGCAUAGUGCAAUAUAAAAGGUUUUCAUUAACAGGAAGAUAUGAAAAACUGUUUUGGUGUGCUGUGUGGGGGAGAAAGAGAAAGAAGGAAGAAAAUCACAGGAAGAAAAAUAUGUAUUAUUGUGUUAAUUUUGCAGCAAAUUUGACCUCUAUCAAGUGAUUAGGUUGAUAUUAUAGAGCAACCAGGUGAUUGUUUAAGUCAACAAUAAGAAACUAUAUUUAUUAAUUAUACAUCAUAUUUAACAUGAUCAUAUUAUGUAUGUUGCUGCUAUUUUUGCACUUUAACGUUUCUGUCCAAAUGUUAUUUAUUGCACCAUAGACAUAUUUCCUCAUGAACUGUAACUGUAGGGCUCUAUAUGUGUUAAAGAGCUAAUUGUGUGUAUUAAUAUAAUGUUGCAUCAAUGUUUUACACUGGAUUAUUAAACUCUUAUCUGCAAUAUGUUCAACGUGUUGAUAUACUGUGUGUUAUAAAUAAUGUAUUCUCCAA